GAGAACUGGAGGGAGGGUCUUUUCUUCUUCCCCGUUCGAACGAAGACAACCAGCGGCGGCAAUAUCUCCCGCUCCCGGCCAUUCACUCUUCAUCUCUCUCAUUCUCUCUUUCCAAUGAAAUAAAUCAGACAAGAACUGUUCAUCGUCUUCCACCCCUCGACAGAUGCGGUGAAUCAGCGGUGAUUCCCUCCCCGCCGGCCUUUCUCUUCCAUUUCAUUAUUCUCUGUGCUCCUCUCUCUUGCUCCUUGCUCCCUUGCUCUCAUCGACCGAAAUCGUGCAAAGUGAGAAAGUUACAGUUCAUCGUCUUCCUUCUUCGACGAAAACAGAGAGGCGGCGACUGAACAGCUCGAAUCAGUUGCAGCAGCAAGGCAUCCUUCCCCAUUCUGACUCAGCUCCUCUAGCUUUCACCUACCUAAUCUUCUGUUCCGUUUCAUUCUCAGACUAGAGGAUACACAAUAGCAGAUCGAAUCAGACCACGAUACUCCCUGUUGCAUCAUUUGAAUUCUGGCCAACAUCUCAACUCAGCUCUACAGAGUCAUCCUCCGCAUCAUCCUUUGCCAUCUUGUGGAUGGAUCAGCGUUUUAAUCAUCUUGUUUCGUUUAACUUUCUCUGUUGCUGAUUUCUUUCAUUGGUAAAUUUCUCCAAUAACGAAGCAUCCGUUUGUUUAGCAACGGUUAAAAUGGAUGAUGAUAUGAAGCAACUACAACAGAAGUUAACUGAGGUUGAGAUUGAAGCUGAAAAUCUUCUUUUGGCCCGACACCAGCUAGUUGAGAAUGAUAGAGUGAGGAAUGGAAACAGAGAAGCACUAACAGCACUUCGUAAGAGAGCUCGAACUACCAAAACCAGUGUUCCAUCUCCUUUUGAAUCAAUAAUGAGGGAGAUUGAGGGACUACAGUCAAGGCCAUUGGUGAAGGAGGUAUGCACCACAUGUGGUAACCAUGAUGCGACGGAGCGUACUUGGAUGAUGUUCCCAGGGACAGAUGUCUUUGCACGGAUUCCAUUUCAUGCAGCUCAUACCAUCUUGGAGAAAGAUCAAGCACAUCUUGAUUAUGACACGAAGAAACUACAGAGCUACAUGAAGGAGAAAUCCUUAUGGAUUUCAGAAAAAGGGCUUCUUGCUGACAGGAUCAGUCCAGGUGUGCUUAGAUCUCUAGUGACCCUAAGUGAUAAAUCCAAGUAAAUCUGUACCAAAAUUUGAUAGUUCCUCCUUGGUCCUGGUAGCCUUCUUUUUCUAGAUUGAAGUAUUUCUGCACAUUUUAUUGGUAUAUUACCAUUCUGUAGUCUGUACUCGGAGAAGGGAGAGGAACGCAUGUUCUUGUGCAAACCUUAGCUUUUCUUUUUCUUGUGUGUCAGGGGAUUCCAGAAAUGAAAUAUGAUAGUUUUUGCUUUAAUGCAUCUUCCAUCAUUUUUAUGAACCAUGAAUUUAAUUGUAUAUAUUGUUGUUUGAUUAGGGAUCAUCCAAAUCUUUUGUGUGGAGAA